AUGUGUCCACCGUGCAAUGUCAAGGGCUGCAAGUUCUGGUACCUCAAUACCUCCUGUUUCGCCAUGAAAAUGACCCAUCUAGUGGAUAACGCCGGGACAGUGGUGUUUGCAAUAGUCAUGGCACUGUGGGCAACCACGUUUAUGGAACGCUGGAAACGUUACCAAAACGUGCUUGCCUACGAGUGGAAUGUGCAGAACUUGGAGCCCGUUGACGAACCACCUCGCCCCGAGUUCUUGGCCCUCCUUGGUAAAAAGGGUUACAGGUCUGAGGUCAAUCCAAUUACUGGGCGUGAAGAACCAGUCGUCCCCUUCUGGAGUCGUAAAGUACCCAUCGUCCUCAUCACCUACGCUUCAGUCCUGUUUGGGGUAGGUUUUUUGACCGGCUUUAUGAUGUCUUUUGUUUAUGAAUUAUGUUUAUUACUUUUUUUACAUUAUUAUAAUAUCUGUAUAAUAUAA